UCUCUCUGGCUCCUGAAACUGAAAGUACUGUGUGUGCGUUUCACCUUCAGCCCUUGGAUUAUAGACCUGCAGGGGGGGCGGGUGAGGAGCCACAAUGAGUGCAGAGGAGGAUAUCGUGCUGUCUAGGGGCCCUUCAGGUUUGGGAUUCAAUAUUGUUGGAGGCACAGAUCAGCAAUACGUCUCGCAGGACAGUGGCAUCUACGUCAGCAGCAUUAAAGAAAAGGGGGCAGCUGCUAUUGAUGGUCGUCUUCAGGAAGGAGACCGAAUAUUAGAGGUUAAUGGUAUCAAGUUAGACAAUCUUUUGCACGGUGAUGCGGUGAAUCUGUUCAGGAACGCUGGUGAACAUGUGGUGUUAAAAGUUCUUCACAAGAUUCAGAACCAAGCGAACGGAGUUCCAAGUAGCCGGAGUGACAAAGACACGGAAGGAAUAUCAUUGACCAUGAUCGUGUUGCCCGUAUUAGCAGUGUUUGCAAUUUAUGCUUUUUUCAGAUAUCGACAACGUUAGACAACAUUCUGAAAAGGCCAAAAGUCAAAAUAUGUUUUAAAUAUACACACGCGUAUGUUUAAUAUGUAAUUAUCACAUCCAAUACCUCCACAGUACAAUGCGUAUACCUGCAGCUUGGCCUUUUUCUGUUCCCAUAGCUUAGAGAUACAAAUCACAGGAGAGAACAGCUAACUAGAACACAAUGGAAUUAUUGAAUUAAUGUUAAAGAUGAAAUACAUCUUCAGUUAGUUCAUGUACUACUCCUGUUCUCUAAUAACUUAUUGUUUUUUGUAGCUGUAUUGUAAUUUUUUUUUUAUAAGUUUAUAAAUUCCAAUACUUACAAUGCUGUCGUGUAACCCAUGUAGGCGCUAUGCCAUUUGGUUACAGUAGGGGGCACACACUGGUUAGAGGGAGGAAGAAGCCAUAAGCCAUGCUGCCUGUCAAGAUUCAAUGAAAAAAAGUCUUAGAUUUUAUUUUACACGGCGAGAUUAGCAUUGUUUCUUGUGUUAUGUAGAUGUCCGAUAUUACGGUUUUAUAAACCGGUUUUUGGUGUAGACAUCAUGUGCCUUUCUAAACUGGAGUGAUGAAAGUGCCUUAUAAAAGAUGAAUUUUAAGUUGUCCAAAAGGCCUUAACAUGCAAAGGUCAGAGGUACAAAGCAAUGGCUGGCAUUUACAUCACAGUAUCAGCAAAGCUUUAUCAGAUGGUAUCAAAAGGAAAAUGAUCUACAUCAAGUAAGGCAUGGAACCCUGAGAAUGCCAAGAUUUGAGAUAUGGUUCGUCAUCUUCUGUUGGUGAAUUGGGAAGGGUGGUAGAGAUCUCAAGAGAUCUGAUAGGAGACCCUAAUUCACAUUUCUUCCACUGAAAUGAGCCAUGAUACUGAAAGAUUUAGCAGACCACUUAUAAACCGGCACAGAAUAUUGCAGUUUGAAAACAAACCACAUAUAUCAUUAUGUAGCAACCUAAGACUGUGUUUUAGGUCUUGUUUUAAGUAGUUAAUUCAUUUUAACCCCCAAUGCCCAUGUCUGCUGCUUUAAUAGUCUGUUCUGUAAGGCUCCUAUUCCAAAACAGUCCACUCAAUUAUUGACAGCAGGGGUGGACGGAACUGCAAAAAUCAAAUACGCAGAAUGUUCUAUGGUGAUAUGCGGUGUAUAGGGACAAGACUGUCAUGAGGGUGAAGUGUACAUUGGUCCUUAACCCCUUAAGGACACAUGACGUGUGUGACAUGUCAUGAUUCCCUUUUAUUCCAGAAGUUUGGUCCUUAAGGGGUUAAAUAUGUCUUCCCCACUUUGUUUUUAAAAUACACUUCCUGUAUCAAGUGUCUAAAUGGUAAAUCUUGGAAAAUAUAUGUACCUCCAUUCAGUUGUGCACAAUCAAUGCCAGGACAUCAAAUUUUACUGUGCUUUAUCAGAUUGUUUUCCAUUUUGUCAUAUGCAUUGAUUUCUAAUGUCAUGUAGUAGGCAUACCCGUUUAUGCAGUGGCAUAGUGUGGGUUGCCAGCUUCCAGGGCAGGGCAAAUUUUGCGCCCCCUAACCUAUGGACCGUUAGCACUCCUGGAGUCCCUUCAUGGGUGCUUAGAUAGCUUCGCUCCUCCUUCCCUACUCCCCUCACCUCGUCCCUAUGGUAUGAGACACUGAUAACUAUGUUGCGUAAUUUUCAAACUCCACUUCACACCUAAAAUAAUGUGUAUAGUCUAUUGUCCAACUAUCAGUGUUGCACACAUCACUGAGACGAGGCAGGUAGAGAAGAUGGAGCAAGGCAAUCAAGGUGCCUUUAUGGGUGUACUGGUAUGAUAACCUUUAAUAGGCAUUUUUAUACAGAUACAACAGUAUCUUCAAAUGGAAAAUCACACUCUAAGUAGGCAUUAUGUUAUUCACUGAUAAAGAUUAUAUGAAGACAGUAUGGCUGUAAUUGGCAUGAAAAAUACUGUAAAAUGUUAGGUGGCGACCUUUAUUUGCCCCGUCAUGUUGAAAAAAACUGUGUAGAGUGUUCGGACAUUAGGAGAUUUUCUGUGUGAAGGGGAGGGCACACUAUUUAAAAAAAAAAAAAGUAUUACUACGUACUCUUUUUCUUUUGACAUUUUUUUUGCCCAGUGCAAAAGCCUCUGUGCCCACCCCCACAAUACGCCACUGCGUAUAAGGUCACACGGAAAAUUCUCUGAAAAUAACUUUCUACAACUUUCUGCAGCUAUUGGUAAAAUGCAAUAUUUAUUACUAAAGUACAGAUAGAUGUUCUGUAAAACAGUGUGCAGAUUCUAGAAUAUUUAAGAAUUUGAGUCCUGCCAAAAAAAAAAAUGCAAUGUUAUUUUUUGUUUCUUUUUUUUCUCCUGUAAAACUGCUGUUUAUCUACUACAUUAUUGGCUGUGUACCAUGAACUUUUUUUAUUUUAUUUUUGUACUACUUGCAAAAUCAGUCCAUUAGUCCUGGUGAACUCUGCCUGUUGUAAAAUAUCGAGUAACAUGCAUUGUAUAAAGCAUCACGUCGUCACAUGUUCUUGUUAAAAUACUGUUUUAGGAUAUUGCGUGGUUUAAAAGGGAGCAGGACAUUUAGGCAAAAAUUAUUUCAUAGAGAUAAGACAGUUGAACGCAAUUGUAAUUUAUUUUUUUGGCUAUGGUUUUUAGAUAUCCUCUGCUUGUGUACAGGUGGAUCAAUAAAAGUAACUAAAACAGAUUGUCACCAGUGUUUUAGCGGAGAUAUCCCAAUAUCAAGCAUUUGUAAAACUAUCUUUAAACUACACGCCAGCACACCAGAAUCUGAUAUUAACUGUACACAGGAGUCAAUGAGACUGAACUGCUCAUUAACUCACCUAUACCAAUGUCAUUUAAAUUUGGCUUUGUGGUGUGUCCUGAGGACAUAUUUAUAGCACAAUGGGCUGCUUCCACUCGUGUGUUUUCAUGUGUAAUCUUGGCAGUUCUCUUUACCACUUGCAUCUGAAGAUGAGUCUUCUUUGGAAAAUGCAAGAAAAUAAAAAUACACUUCUCUCUCACUGGAAAAGCCUUAUAUAGAGAGACGCACACUUUCAUAGUCAAAGUUUAUGUCCACCUUGCCAACUGUGGAUGGCCCAAAACUGACAUGUAUUCUAAAUGACACAUGUCAGUUUAUCACUAUUCAACCAGCAUUCUGAAGAGUAUCUUUUGCAUCCUUUAAUGAAAUAAGUUAUUUAGUAAAAGUUAUCUAAGUGUUUGAAAUAACUUUUCAGUAUAUAAAAGGAAGAAAUGGCCAAUUGCGUAGUCUGAUCGAAAGUGUAAAUGGAACACGGCGUAACUGAAUUAUGGAUAAUUUAUAAAUAAGAAAAAGCACAGGACCAGAGGGUAGAUAAAGAUAACUGUAAGGGAAGAGGAGAGGGAAAAAAAUAGUGACAGGAUUAUUCACUGAAGAGUGAAUUGGGUGAAAUUCAACGAGAUUUUCCAAUUUUAGGACAACAUAGCUAAAUUGAAAAACAAAUUUAGAAUUUUACUUUCAGUCUGGAUCCCUGACAAUUUCCAUUUUAGUGAACAAGCCUAAAAAAGUUUAUUUGCUAAAAAUGGCGAACUGAAAACAAAAAUCGAUACUCAAAGUUGGAAAAAUUGUUUAAUUCUGUUAAAGUCGUGGCUUGACUAUUUUCAUACGAAUUUUGCAGUUUCAUUUCCGGUUUUACAGCUUCGUGAAUGAACCCCUGAAAAAAGAGAAGGAGGGACAGACUUGGCAUUGAAGUAGGAGAAGUUAGCCUAGGUUAGAUUGGAUAAUGGGUUUACAGGAACAGUAGUACGUAUGGCAGAGAGAGUGGUGGUCUGUUUGGUCUUAAUCCAAGGAGGCCAGAUCAUUAACUCCUAAAUAACGAAGGACCUUAAAUGUAAGUCAUGACUCGGUAGGAUCUGCCUAAGCAUUUGUCAUGACUGGGUUAAGGUUGUAGUAGUGUUUGGCAUGUUUUGUAUGGUAGCAUAUGUCAUAGAAUAUUGUUUUGCUGAAUGUAGGAAAGAAGAUUCUAUUAACCGUCCGACACAUUUUUAUGUGCCUAUAACAUUUAGGGGCACUUCAACUGUGAGUUUACCGUUUUAAAAGGAGACAGAGAUUACACAUGAAUUCACACAACGCUAACUUUAAAAGAUUUAAAAAAAAAAAAAGCACAUAUUGCCAGAUUUGGAUAGUGGUGUUAUGCUAAAAAAAAAUCUAUAACCUUUUUCCUAAUUGUCUUGCUCCUUGCUUAAGUUAGCCAAAACAGAAAAUAAAAUUUACAUUCUUCUGAUUUGAGUUUUGCUUUUUUAGGACCCACCCUUGCUGUUAUUAUUGAACAUAUUUGUGAUAAAAGAAAUUUAAUGACAUGUAGUGCAAAUCUGUCCUGUCUACUCGUUUUUACAUGACUGUGCAUAGCCAUCAUUGAUGUAUUAAAGGUUUCAUAACCACUGCAGCUUACUGUAGUGUUUUUUUAAUGCAAGGCAUGUAUGAGUGAGUUCCCUACUUAUUGUUGGUCAUGCAGUUCCCAUGUGGUUUGGCAAAAAGUCGAAGAUCUCUUGAUAUAUUGUGCACAUCCCUUCAGUUUGAGUCAUACGAGAAAGUGUUGCCUUUCUUGUAUAUUUAAAAUAACUGAUCUGUCAAGUAGGGAGGGGUAAUGUGCUGAUUAUCUUAUUUUUUUCGGGGUUAUUUUGUUUAUGUCAAACUGUUUGAAAAAGGUUUUGAUGAAAACCAGAGAGACUACAAUACAUUGCAGUGGUUAUAGUGCUCGGAGUGUCCUUUAAGUCACGCAAAACUAUCAAAUUUCAGAAUUGAAGUUUCGAUGUGUCGUUUAUUUUCCAACCAAUGCAGCAGAUUGAAAGACAAUCAUAAGACAGGGGUCAAUUUGGCUACUGGAAAAGAAUACAUUUUGAGACCAUAAAUGUGUUGUACAGCAAAUGUAUCCAAAGCAUGAUUUUAAAGCACGUGAAUUCUUGGAUCAAUAUCUCAGCUUAUUGUAUGUGUGUAUAUAUUAUAUUUUUCCUUUAUGUAGAAAAAAAAAAUGAUUGAGGACUUUUGGGAAAUAAAUGAGUAUCCACUAUCCAGCA